UCCAGUUUUGAUAAAGACAAUUGUGUUUUCCUCCCCAAGUGACUAUACAUUUAAAUAGCUAAAACAUCUGUUCAGCAACAUAGUAAAACAUGUACACUCGGAACGCCUGAGAGAAGAGCCUGCCAAACGGUCGGUUGAGAGGGACUUUGCUGGGGGAGAGCACCAAGAUAAAGCAACCACUGUUUGUUUUGUCUGGUCAGGGGGAAAGGCAAGGCAACCAAUAUUUUGGGUUUCAUUUCAUUUGUGAAGAAUUAUUUGAGAAAGGGUGGCGAGAGGACAUUUCCUGACAGGAUUUUUUUCUUUAACCUGUCCAUUAGUAGAAGAGCAUGAGAACUUUGGAUGUCAACGCCUAACAGACUCUUGAGACCAGCCACCAAACCACAAAAAGCGACUUUCUUCUUAACUGGCCUCUCUGUCUCUCCCGAUGGAGGCAGAAACAGGGAGCAGCAUGGAGAUCGGAAAGACAGCCAACAGAGGCACUCGAAUCGCCCUGGUCGUGUUCGUUGGUGUCACCCUGGUGCUGGGCAUAGUUCUCUUUCUAGUGAGUCAAGGUUUCCUAAGUCUCCAUGCUAAACCAGAGUACUGCCUGAAGCCAGAAUGCAUCGAAGCUGCUGCUUCCAUCUUAAGUAAAGUAAAUCUGUCUGUGGACCCUUGUGAUAAUUUCUUCCGGUUUGCUUGUGAUGGCUGGAUACACAGUAAUCCAAUUCCUGAAGAUAUGCCAAGCUAUGGGAUUUAUCCUUGGCUCAGACGUAAUGUCGACCUCAAGUUGAAGGCACUUUUGGAGAAAUCAAUCAGUAGAAGACGGGACACUGAAGCCAUACAGAAAGCCAAAAUCCUUUAUUCAUCUUGCAUGAAUGAGAAAGCCAUCGAAAAAGCAGAUGCCAAGCCACUAUUACAUAUCCUGCGGCACUCACCUUUCCGCUGGCCUGUGCUCGAAUCCAAUAUCGGUCCUGAAGGGGUUUGGUCAGAGAGAAAAUUCAGCCUUCUGCAGACCCUUGCAACAUUUCGUGGCCAAUAUAGCAAUUCUGUGUUCAUCCGUUUAUAUGUGUCCUCUGAUGACAAGAUGUCCAAUGAACACAUCUUGAAGCUGGACCAAGCGGCGCUCUCCCUAGCCGUGAGGGAAGACUACCUUGAUAACAGCACGGAAGCCAAGUCUUAUCGGGAUGCCCUUUACAAAUUCAUGGUGGAUACUGCUGUGCUUUUGGGAGCUAAUAGCUCCCGAGCAGAGCAUGACAUGAAGUCAGUGCUUAGGUUGGAAAUAAAGAUAGCUGAGAUAAUGAUUCCACAUGAAAACCGAACAAGUGAAGCCAUGUACAACAAAAUGAAUAUCUCCCAGCUGAGUGCUAUGAUUCCCCAGUUCGACUGGCUGAGCUACAUCAAGAAGGUCAUCGACGUCAGACUCUACCCUGAACUAAAAGACAUUGGCCCCUCAGAGAACGUGGUGGUCCGUGUCCCUCAGUACUUUAAGGAUUUGUUUAGGAUAUUAGGCUCUGAGAGGAAGAAGUAA